AUGGCAAAAAGCAAAUUCGAAUAUGUGCGGAAAUUCGAGCAAAAUGACCAAUGUCUCCUUAACUGCUGGAUUGUGAUUCGCAUUGAUGGAAGAAACUUUCACAGGUACUCGUGUUGAGUAAGAACUUUCUGUUGAAGACUUCAUGAAAUGUUACUAGUCAAUUUGAAACCUAAAUUUGAUUUCAAAAUACUACCCAGGUAUUUGAACUUUUACAGAGUCAGCUAUGCAUAUUUUAAAUGAUGUGCAAAAUACCUGACCUUAUUAUGGUCACAGUAGGAGAGGGGUUCAAACCCAGGGGCCCCACUCACAUAUUUUAAUGACGGGAGGGUCCGACAGAGGUUCAUAUUUUAUACUAAAAAAAAUCCCAACUUCAGAAUUUGUUUACCCAAAAAAAUCCUUACUUUUUUAGCAUACCCAAAAAAAUCCCUCAGUGUUUUUGCAUCAGCAAAUUUUAUUAUUUAUCUUCUGGAAAGCUAAAACAUGCCAACUUGAACUUUAGUUUUGGUCAAAAACAAAACUAUAAAUUGCGCUUAUGUUAUUUUUUAUUUGAGCUGAUGAAAAAUACAAUACCCAAAAAAAUCCCUGUGUUGUUUUCGCGACCCAAAAAAAUCCCGGCGUCUUUCAUAGACCCAAAAAAAUCCCUUUUGGCCAAAAUGUCAGACCCAAAAAAAUCCUUUGGACCCCCCCGUCAUUAAAAUAUGUGAGUGGGGCCCCUGCGGGUUCAAAUUUGUCUUUAUCCCUGGUAAUUUCAUGGAAAAAAGUCAUAAAUAUUCUAGAUAUGUAUAAAGUAUCAAUUCAAUAUAGAAAUCAACUUGCCACCUCCCUUCUAGUAUCCCUUCCGACAUUUAAAUUGCAUCUGAUAAAUAUUUAAUAAUAUUCAGAUUCUCUAAACUGAGCUCCAUAUGUAAGCUUAUGUUUUUAACUACAGUUGUGAGAAUCUAGGUCCAGAUCAAGACUGUUUCCUUGGCUGGUAUUUUAGGUUGACAGUGUUUAUUAAGACUUCAAAGAAGACAGAUGAAUUUGUGCCACUGAUAACUUGAUUUACAGAUUUUCAGAAGCUCACGGUUUUGAGAAGCCAAAUGAUCAAAGAGCACUGCAGCUAAUGAACAGAUGUGCUGAAACAGUGAUGAACGAAUUCAAAGACAUCGUAAUUGCAUAUGGACAAAGCGAUGAAUACAGGUGAUCAAGAGUUAGGCUUCUAAAAGUGUUCCUCAAAGGAAAUCUUUCACAGCACAACAACAACAAAAAUCUGCCUAGUUUCUAGCUACUGAGGCCUACUUAAGAGGGGAGGGGGGGGGGUCUAUACACCCAGGGGCCCCACUCACAUUUUAAUGAUGGGGGAGGUCCAACAGAGGUUCAUAUUUUAUACCCAAAAAAAUCCCAACUUCAGAAUUUGUCUACCCCAAAAAAUCCCUACUUUUUUUAGCAUACCCAAAAAAAUCCCUCAGUGUUUUUGCAUCAGCAAAUUUUAUUAUUUAUCUUCUGGAAAGCUAAAACAUGCCAACUUCAACAAAUUAAUUAAUUACUUUUCACAUAGAUUACAAUCUCAGAAAUAUCCCGUAAUACCACACAAGCAGUAAAUUGCGCUUAUGUUAUUGUUGAUUUGAGCUGAUGAAAAAUACAAUACCCAAAAAAAUCCCUGUGUUGUUUUCGCGACGCAAAAAAAUCCCUUUUGGCCAAAAUGUCAGACCCAAAAAAAUCCUUCGGACCCCCCCAUCAUUAAAAUAUGUGAGUGGGGCCCCUGGGUCUAUACAUGUAUGUUCCUAGUCUUAAUUUCAUGACUGGUGGUUAUGCAUAUUGAGGAGGAGGCCAUGUGGCUGGUUGGUAUUUUACUAUUGUAUUUGUGAUUAUACCCCAUUGCUGUCGCGUCUUCUCCUGAUCUCCCUGUUGUUUGUGGCAAGUCCAUCUGUCUAAUGUUGCUUUUUCAAGGCCAUGCCACUUGUCAGAAUAAAGCAAACAGGUCCUCAUUACUGAGUUUGUGUAAAGAUUUCGACUACACAUUGUAAUUCGUAAUAAACCUUCAAAGCUUAAUUUUAUGUUCUCCAACCUUUUUCUAGUUUGGUAUUUAAAAGAAGCACAACACAAUUCAGUAGAAGAGAAAGGUAGGUCAAAAUCUCAAUGUGAUUUUUAUCAAUAUGAUUGUAAUUUUUUUCAAUGUUUUUUUCCCUUUUAUUUUUAAUUUCUAAAUAAAUAGGUAAAUAGCACAACCACAUAGUGGUUCUUUGUGUACCAUUCCUGGUCGAAUUGGAAUUUGGAAAUGUUAGUUUUUGUGGAGAAGGGAAAACUGGAGUACCCAGAGAAAAAAACUCUUGAAGCAAGUGAGAGAACCAACAACAAACUCAACCCACACAUGUUUUCGACCCCAGGAUUUGAAUCAGCAAAAAUUCAUUCAGCAAGAAGACAUUUUUCUCACGUUAGUUUUUUCCUUUUAUAAACAUAUUUAAUUCAUUUAAAUGUAUUGGCCGGUCAAGCAAGUUGUGAGUAAGCCCUUGGCUUGGGAGACUGGUUGACCACUCCUUAGCCUACAUGUUUAUGUUUGAGGUUAAAUUUGAUUUCAGGUUAAAUUUUUUUAGCCUAGGUUGAUUCUCAAUUUCGUUUGCCUCCUAGCCCUAAUUAUUCAUGAAUUGGGGCUUAAAGAAACAAAAGAAAUUCAGAAUCAACCUAGGUUAAAUCAAAACCUGAAAUCAAAUUUGACAUAUGAUCGAUUUCUAAUAAACAUACAAGUAUAAUCACCAUUUAUUAUUAUUACAUAUUUUAGUUUUAGUAUUAUCUCGUAACAAGUCAAUUUUUUUUUUGAUUCUUCUGCAGUAAGCUGGUGACUAAUGUGGUGUCAUUAUUUUCAUCAUCAUAUGUGUUUUAUUGGAACCAGUUUUUUGUAUCUCAAAAUCUCCUCUACCCACCCAUGUUUGAUGGCCGUGUUGUACUGUAUCCAGCAGAAAAGAACCUGAGAGAUUAUUUAAGCUGGAGACAGGCAGAUUGUAAGUAGAGAUAGAGAAGGAUUCAAGUUGAUUAUGGGGAUGGGGAUCGGGGCCAUGGCCUACAACAAGUGCAUACAGCGUGUUGAUCGAGAAAAUAUCUGUAUUUCUCCUCUGAGGGUUUGUUGAAUUGAACCUCCCACCCCCCUGGGUAUCACAAAGAUUUUGGUCUCGAAGACCGGCUCCCCAUCAAAAUUUCCAAUGAUUCACUAACCCAGGAGGGGAGGGGGUGUGGCUCUUGAUCAAAGAUCAUGUAAUCAAAUUACAGGACUUAUGAAGACAUUGCACUAAUACAGUGUACUUCCUUUUUCAAUAAAAUAAUUUGAACUCCAUAGGAGCCCAUAUUUCAGAAUUCCGGAGGUAGUGGAAUUAUAAAACAAAAUGACUUAACAGCGAUGAUUUAAAGACCCAAAUUCUUUGUAAAAAAUAUUGUUAAAUGCGAGUUCUUAACAGCCUUUUUAAAUUCUUAACUGUAGUUUUUUUCCUAGGUCAUAUUAACAACCUUUACAAUACAUGCUUCUGGUGUCUGGUUCAACAAUCAGGUCUUACCACAGACCAGGCUGAGGGAAGACUUAACGUAAGUGCUUUUAGUAAUCAUUAAUGCUGUUGGAAUGACUAUAAGUUUGUUAACGUAAAUAGGUUAUUGUAAGUUACUCACAUAGAAAUUAUCAGAAUCAGUGGCAUAACAGAAAAAUGUGAGUGGUUUUUCUGUACACUAAGUGUUAAAUUGAGUGGAGAGUAUUUUCCAAAUAAGGAGGAAAAAUUAGCUAUUCAUGGCGUUACUAUGACUUAAAACUCCCUAUCCAGCCACCAAAAAAAUUAUUACUUCAGAUAGUGUAAAGGAGUAACCACUUGAAAUGUCCGAGACCAAACACUUCUUGUUUUUCCUAAAACAAAGUCUGAAAUUUAAGUUGUUUUGUAAUUUUAGCCAUCUUGAUGUGUGGUAUUCAAAGGAGCCCACUGCUUCUGAUCGGUCAGAGUUCAUGACAAGAUUUAAAACUUGCAUCAAUCACUAAAUUUUUAUGUUCUUCCAGGGCACAGCAUCUAGUGACAAGAAUGAAAUCCUUUUUUCUGAAUAUAACAUCAACUACAACAACCUUCCUCAAAUGUACCGCAAAGGAUCAGUCCUUCUCUGGGAGAUGGUAAUCAUAUCUCAUUCCUUUUUUUUUUUUUGGCACUGUAAACCUCUAGCCCCCUACAAGUGACCAACAUCCCAUUUCUCUGUUCAGUUACACUGUUAAAUCAAUCGCAAAGGUCACAAGAAAAACUGAACUGUUCAACUAGUUAAAAAGAUCUUGAUUGUUUACAAAUUCUUAUCAUCAGUGUUGCUGUACAAUAGGCAUGGUGCUAAAAAAACAUAAACUGCCACAUAUAAGUCCCCCCCCCCCCCUGGACCCAGAUAUAAGCCCCCUCUAGCUUAUGAUCCAAAUAUAUUGAAAUGAAUUCGAUUUGUUACAAUAUUUUGAAGUUUAAUUUAAAAUAACAGUAAAUGCAAAAUGUAUUUGACUAGCAAGUACUGCUUGCAGCUUUCUCUAUUCCGGUUUUGAAUGCCCUAGGAUAUAAGCCCCUCAGUUUAUAAAUGGCAGGUUAUGGUUGUUAGCUUUCAUCCUUGUUUUAUUGUCAACUCAAGAGACCAGGAUUUGCAUAGCAAGUCAGUUAAUACGAUCAAUUCUGUAACUGUAAUGAUAUUAAACAAGGCUUAGAGUGGUCUCAGCUGUGUGAUUUUCCUGAACUAAACAAUCAGUAUAAAAAAUGUACAAAGUAGAACAGUGUGGAGAAUAUACGUAUAAAGGGUACCAUGCUGAAGCAAAACGUCUUUUUGAGCCGCUGUGUUAACUAUAAAAUCAUUUAUGUCCUCUCAUUAUAGAUCAGUGAGGAAAACAACUUAGAUCAAGCUGGCAAUUUUCAAAAGACAAAGAGACAGAUUGUAAUAUACCACACUGACAUUAUUGGCGACAGCUUUUGGAUUGAACAUCCAGAUAUCUUAAAAAGCUAGUGAUUUAGGUAACACAUACAUUCCUACAGCUUCAAAGAUGGAUAGCCUUUCAGAAAAGAGGAAGGAAAUCUUACUUCUAACAACUCUACCUCACCAUAGCCAUUUCAGUAUUGUCUCUAGAAAAUGAGUUGAUUUCCAAGAAGAAAGAUCCGCCAAGGAGAACAAGAUUAUAAAGUGUUUGAGAG